AUUUUUACCGAUAUGUUCCUUAAUCCUGAAAUGAUAAAUGAGGCUUAAGAUUCCUCUGUUUAAAAUUCGUAAUUAAAUUCACGACAACAACUAAAAGCAAGGUCAAAUAACAUGAAUCGAUUUUAAGCAAAAGCAAAAGAUGAACCAAAAUAAAAUGAAAAACCUUUGAGUAGAAUUUAAUAAGUAUAUUUGUAAUCUUAUGGAUCUAGAGAGAAAUUGAAAUUCAAAAAAAGUAGGUUGAAUCCUAGAUUAAUGAAAAUAAUGAUAUGGUAGAGAGUAUUGUUUAAUUUGAUUCGGAUGAUGAAUAAAAUGUAGCUAAUUAGAUUAUAAAUCCUUUAAUUCUUGGAUAAUAAGAUUAUGAAGAAUAAACUGUAUAUAUAUUUCCUAUUUUGAGUAAUAAUAACAAGUUAUACCUUCUAAACCUAAGACAUUUGAUUCAAUCAGUGCAUUAUAAAAUAAUACUUAAUAUAAAAAGAAACUUGGUCAAAAUGAAAGCUCUUAUGGUCAAGAGUAUGAUUUUAAGAUGGAUUAAGUAAUUAAUUGCAAAAUUAUUAGCUAACCAUUAUUGGAAACAAUCAUAAUUAAUAUUAUGAGCCUGGGUAAUAAAUAAACUAAUAAAAUGAUCUUCCUUAACUUUCAAAACAAAAUAAUAAUGUUUAAUUUGAUUAUACAAAAAAAAAUUUAGAAAACAAGAAUAAAUUAAAUUAUGAAGAAAUUUAAAAUCAAAAUAAUCCUUCAAAAUAUCAAUAAUUAGAUGAAAAAAAUGAAGAUGAAGAAAUCAUUUAAAUUGAUCUUGAAAAAUCUGAAAUUUCUUUUUAAAAUAAUGAUAAUAAUUAAGAAUAAAACACAAAAAUUAACUCUAAAAAUGAAAAAGAAUAAUAAGAAAAUUUUAUUUUUGAUGAAAAUUCUUCGGAAUAAUCAAAUGAUGAAUAAUAAAAAAUAGAUUAAAAAUUAAAGCAAGAGUAAUAAACUUAAUAAUAAUAAUAGUAAUAGUAAUAAUAAUAGUAAUAAUAAUAAUAAUAGUAAUAAUAAUAAGUUUAGACAAAAUAAAAUUGUCCAUAUCCAAAAGCUUUAGCCUCUAUUUAAAUGCCACAUGGUAAGAAACAUUUUCUUGUAAAUCCUGCAUAGAAAGGAGGAAUGAUUUAAUGUACUAUAAAACGAGAUAGAAGUGGAAUGUGUAGAUUUUAUCCAAAAUAUCAUAUGCAUAUUUCAAAUGGAUUUUUAUAUUUGAUGAGUGCAAAAAAAAGAGCAUGUAAUAAUACAAGCAAUUAUAUCAUUUCAUAAUCUAGAGAAGAUAUGGAAAGAAGCGAAAAUUUUUUAGGUAAAGUUAGAAGCAAUUUUAUGGGAACUGAAUUCGUUUUAUAUGAUUCAGGAUUAAAUCCAGAAAAAACAAAAGAUCCAUAAAAAUUCAGAUAGUAAUUAGGAAUUGUUCAAUAUGAAAGUAACAUACUUGGUUCAAAAGGACCUCGUAAAAUGGUGGUAAUUCAUUUAAAUAAAUAAAGGUAUUAUUGCCAAAUUUAAAUGAACAAGAUUAGUUAUUUGAAUUCAAGCCUUCAAAUUCAAAGGAUGGAAUAUUAAAAGAAUAUUUAAAUGGCAAUAAAGAUUAAAUUGUCGCUUAUGUUAAUAGACCUCCUCAAUGGAAUAGCAAACACAAAGCAUUUGUUUUAAAUUUUUAUUAAAGAGUUGAUAAACCUAGUGUUAAAAACUUUCAACUAAUAGUAGAUUAGAAAGAAGACAACAUAUUACUCUAAUUUGGAAGAGUUGGGGAAGAUCUUUUUAAUUUAGAUUUUUAAUAUCCUAUUACUCCACUUUAGGCAUUUUAAAUUGCAUUAACUAGUUUUGAUUACAAAAUUGCAUGCGAAUGA